UCCCUCCUCCCAGCAUGUUUCAGACCCUGCACAGCUACUUCUGGUGGGAACGGCUCUGGCUGCCGGCAAACCUCACCUGGGCCGACCUGGAGGACAGGGAUGGCAGAGUCUAUGCCAAAGCCUCCGACCUCUACAUCACCAUCCCCUUGGCCUUCCUCUUCCUCAUCGUCCGGCACCUCUUUGAGACGUACGUGGCCACCCCCCUGGCCGGGCUGCUGAACGUCAAGGAGAAGAUCAGGUUAAGAGCCUCUCCCAACCCCGUGCUGGAGAAGUUCUAUGCUGCCACCACCAAGCACCCCAAGCAGGCCGAGGUUGAGCUGCUGUCCAAGCAGAGCGGCUGCAGCGUGCGGCAGGUCGAGCGCUGGUUCCGCCGCCGCCGCAACCAGGACCGGCCCAGCCUGCUGAAGAAGUUCAGGGAGGCCAGUUGGAGAUUCACCUUUUACCUUCUUGCUUUCAUUGCUGGCAUGGCUGUCAUAGUGGAUAAGCCUUGGUUCUACGACCUGCGGGAGGUGUGGAAGGGGUACCCCAUCCAGAGUGUGCUGCCCUCCCAGUACUGGUACUACAUGAUUGAGCUCUCCUUCUACUGGUCCCUGCUCUUCAGCAUCGCCUCCGACGUCAAGCGCAAGGACUUCAAGGAGCAGAUCAUCCACCACGUGGCCACCAUCAUCCUCAUCAGCUUCUCCUGGUUCGCCAACUACGUGCGGGCAGGGACCCUGAUCAUGGCCCUGCACGACUCCUCCGACUACCUGCUGGAGUCUGCCAAGAUGUUCAACUACGCUGGCUGGAGGCACACCUGCAACAACAUCUUCAUCGUCUUCGCCGCCGUCUUCAUCGUCACGCGGCUGCUGAUCCUCCCCUUCUGGAUCAUGCACUGCACCCUGGUGUACCCCCUGGAGCUCUACCCUGCCUUCUUUGGGUACUACUUCUUCAACUCCAUGAUGGUGGUGCUGCAGUCCCUGCACAUCUUCUGGGCCUACCUCAUCAUCCGCAUGGCUCACAAGUUCAUAACUGGAAAGGUGGUGGAGGAUGAGAGGAGUGACCGUGAGGAGACUGACAGCUCCGAGGAGGAGGAGGAGGCAGCCAAGAAUGGGCCUCUGUCCAACGGCCACCCCCACCCUGUGCUCAACAACAACCACCGCAAAACCGACUGA